AUGAAACUACCAAUCGCUGCAUUGUCAUCAAUUCUGCUUGUUUGUUCAGUCACUAUCGCCAAUCCAGUUGUUCCCAGUACGACUGCAAGUACAGAACAUGUCUCAUCGACAGUUGUUCCCAGUUCAACUACAAGUACCGAGUCUAACCCAUCUGCAACUCCUAAUACAAACGGUUUAGACUUGAGCCGUCACGAUUCACUUUCAGCUAACAUGAAGAAUUUGCUUGAAAGCUACUCAAAAGGACAACAGGACUGUAGUAGACAAGAAGAAGAAUGCAAAUUUAUAAAUCUUAAAGUUGGGAAUCAAGAGAGCCUGAUAAGCCAUUUCAGGAAAAAGAUUGACGAUUUGCAACGUAAAUUCUACAAAAAUGGUCGCGACAAUUCAAAAUAUAAGAAUGAGAUGGAACAGCUUAAGCGUGAACUUCAAGACGGAUAUUCCAAAUAUACCAAACUUGAAAAUAUGUACAAAGACUGCAUAUUCAAGCAUAUUCAUUCUACUCGACAACUGGAACUCUUCAAAAUAGAUCUUGUGAAAUCCGUUUUUGGAGCAUCUUUCAGUAUCGAAUUACUCGAGGAGCAACUUUUGCUUAUCCUCUCACAGUAUUCCGUUAAACAAUACCUCGAGAGAAUAUGUAGUGGUGAGCAAUCAUCAGCAUGCAGAAACGAUUUUGGUCAAGAUCCUGAUGCUGAACAGCAACAACAAGAUCCUGAUGCUGGACAAGAAAGCUAA